AUGUCUAUUGCUAAUAAAGUUUUAUUACCUAUACAGUCUCCGUUGUUAAUAGCUAAACGAUUUCGCGGUAAAAUUAACAUCCAAAAACCCAAGAAACCUCAUUUUGAGAGACAACUUUUGAUUGAUUUCUCCAAACCUAUAUAUGGAAUUCCAAAGUAUAAGAUGCCUGAUGCUCUGCUUUGUGACAGGGGCGAGAAAACCCGUAGGAAAAAUAUUGACAACCCUUUUGAAAGGAUAUUAGCCAAUGAGUGUCUGAACUGGUUUAAUACUUCUAAGAUGGUUGUAUUUGUGCAUCUUAAUUCCAUUAGUAUGGAGGACAAAACUCCAAUAUUUGCCACUUUAGCUAAAAACAACAUGCAUUUGAGGAGGUAUGGAAAAAAAAUUGUAAGCAUGGCUACUAAGGGCACACGCUAUGAAGCGGUGAAUCAUUUGUUCACAUCUCAUCAAGAAAUAAUAUUUGGGCAGCCUGAAAAUGCUGCGAAAAUGUUCCAAAUAUUGAAGAAAACACCACAAAUGGUUAUUAUGGCUGGUAUUAUUCAAGAUAGAUUGAUGUCAAAGAAUGAAUUGUUAGAAUUCAGCCAAAUGGCAAACAUUGAUGCUGCUAGGAGUCAACUGUGUGCCGUUUUGGAUAGUGCAGGAUCAUGCCUAGUGAGACAACUAAACCAAAGCCAACAUACAUUUGUGGGAUACCUAGAAAAACAUGUAGAAUUGCAAAAUAAUGCAAGCAAAGAAUCCCAAAAAAGUCCAUCAGAACCAGAAAGUUCUCCUUAG